AUGCCUCCCAAUGGCGGGCUGACCGCGGCGGCCCUCGCCGCGGCGCAAGCCGAGAGUGACUCGGAGAUGUCCACCAUCGGCGGCGCCUCCGGCACCGACACCGAGACCGAGUCGAUUGCGUCGAGCCGCAACUCGGAACGGAACCGGAAGAAGAAGGACCGGAAGAAGGCCAACAGGAAGGCGCUGCAGGCUCAGCGGAUCGCGAUGAUGGCGGGGGGCGCCUCCUCCGACGCCGCCGCCGGGAGCGGCGACGCCGCCGCUGAGGGGGGCGCGGGCAGCGCUGCGAGCGAGCUGCUCGCGGGGAUGCAGCGAAAGUUCCUGCAGGGGAAGCGCGGCGUCGAGAAGCCGCCCUUCGCGCUGCCCGAGUUCAUCGCCGCCACCGGAAUCGAGAAGAUCCGCGCGUCGGUGCUGCACGACGCCUUCUUCAAGUUCCAGAGCAAGCCGCGCCUGAGCCGGUUCGGCGACACGUACUACGAGGGCAAGGAGCACGAGGUGCAACUGCGGCAGAAGAAGCCGGGCGUCGCGUCCGACGAGCUGCAAAAGGCGCUCGGGAUGGAGCUGGGAGGGCCUCCCCCGUGGCUGAUCAACAUGCAGCGGUACGGGCCGCCGCCGUCGUACCCGAACCUCAAGAUCGCGGGCCUCAACGCGCCGAUCCCCGAGGGGGCCACCUAUGGCUACCACCCGGGCGGGCGGCCGCUGUACGGCGACGUGUUUGGGACGGCCGGCGCCGAGCCUGCAGAGCAGCUGGCGCCGUCGCUGUCGCGCGACAACUGGGGCGCCCUCUCUGCCGACGAGGUUGCGGCGGGCAUCUCGUCGGUCGCCUCUAACUCGUCCCUCCCGUCCGGCCUCGCCACGCCCGACUCGCUGCACUUGCGCAAGCAGCUCGGCGCGCAGCGCGCCGGCACCGCGACGCCCUCGUCGGUGACGGACGGCGCGCAGACGCCGGAGUCGGUCUCGUCGGCGCAGCUCUACCAGCAGCGCGACGCCAAGGUGGGCGGCGCAGCCUUUGGCUCGUCCCACACUUACGACCUCUCCGGCGCCGCCCCCCCCCCCUCCUCCUCCGGCGGCGGCGCGAGCGGUGCACCACCCAGGCCGGGCAGCAGCGGCGUCGCACUGGCGCUCGACCCGUCCGAGCUGGGCAGCCUGGACGAGGCGGCGCUCAAGGAGCGGUACGAGGCGGCAAAGGCGGCCGAGAAGGAGGCGACCGCCCCCGAGGACGUCUCCGACAUCAUCGAGGAGCACGAGCGCAAGCGCGCGCGCAAGCAGGAGGGGCGCGGCCGCCGCUGA